AUGGGGUCCCUUGACAACGCGGCCUUGUCUUCGACAGUCGCAGCUUCUUCACCUAAGCUUUACCGCCAACCGCGUCGUCGCCCGGCUCAUCUCCGGACUAAGACGGGAUGCUUGACCUUUCAAGGUCGAAACCGGAAGAAAAAAUGCGAUGAAGUUCGGGCGCCGUGUCUGAAUUGUACGAAGCGACAUAUUGAAUGUGUUUGGCGGCGUUCGCCUAAGCUGCAGCGACCCGAUGAGAAUGUCAGGAUGAUUUCAGAGACACUGAAGGGUGAGAAGAGAUCAAUUGUCGUUGAAGAUGGCUUUGCGAUACAACCAUUGCUUCCAAGUACUUUCUAUACAACGCAUAGGGUGGAAGCAAUACUUCGCAUGCCAUUCACGUACUCGACAGCUAUCACCCCCGAAAGUGGAAACCUUUUCGACUUUUUGAAGCAAAAGUUUCUGCCUGAACUCAUCAGACCAGCGGCAGAGACACAUGUUAUUGAUACAUUAAGCAAAGAGACAUUAACCUUAGCUCUCGAUUCGCCAUUUUGCAUGCAUGCGCUACUUGCCUGCUGUGGUGCUGAGAUUCCCGCCUACGAUCAGAAACCUCGUGACUUAGCGCGCACUCAUUACACACGCUCAGUAGGGGCUCUGAGAAAGCAUCUGAGUGACAAAUGUCUCCGAAGCCACUGGGUGGCCACAACUCUAACCGUCAUGAUGCUCUGUAUCUACGAACGAUCGAAACCUCAAUCCUCAACCGGCGUCUCAAUUCAUCUUGCUGGGGCUGCUAGAUUGAUUCACCUUGGUUCCUCGGGUCAUUUAGAUUCAUCAAGCCCCACUGGCAUAGAGAAAGCGAUGCAUCGCCUCGUUCAAGAAUCUUUCAUAUUUCAUGUUGCAACUAGCUUGCCAUUUCAAAAUGAUUUCACCCAAAGAACCGAAAUUGAAACAGCCUUCAGCUUAGCUGAAGAGGCUGUUCUGCCUCACUUUCGCCCUGAGAAUCUCUCUUACUCCAGCUCACCAGUUCUUGGGUUCCCGCCCAAACUCUUCCGCUCUAUCUAUACGGCAUAUCGUCUAUAUCAGGAAUCCAAAUGGGGAUCAGUGGACUUUGAAACAUGUCGCAGUCUCGAAUAUGACCUACGGCAGUGGAGCGAUCAUAUCGCAUGGCUAGAGUUUGGGUCAGGCAGCAGCAGCGGACGCGUACCGCAGAAUCACGACGUAGCUUUGCAACAAGCCACCGGAAAUGAUCUCCCAUCUACUGCACUUCUAGGACCAAGACUUUAUGUGAUUGGCUGUCAUAUCAUCCUCUCGCGUAUGAUGUCGCCAAUCGAUGGGCGGCGCCAACCUGACCUGGAGAAAUUAAUACAAAAGGGAAUCAAGGCCGUGGGUGAUUUACAGCCAGGACAGGAUUAUUUUGCAGAAUACUACUGUUGGCCACUUCUUGUUAUUGGCAUGCAUUUAACAAGCAAACCAGAUAAAGACUUACUAAUGGACCAGGUCCGCGCUUUUUGGAAGGCGACCAACAAUGGCACUAUGAGGAGAUUGGCCGACAUGCUGGAUAUUUUCUGGAAAUCUCUUUGA